GAACUCAUGAAGGUCAAACCCCUUACGAUUCCUGAACAGGCCUGUUGUACAUUCCCCAGGGCACAUUGCGAAGUUAUCAUCACAGAAAAUACGUUGGAUAUUAUAUGUUAUACAAUCAACCAUGACGUCACGCGUUGCUGUUGUAACAGGAAGCAAUAAAGGAAUCGGAUUUUCUAUAGUGAGGGCGCUGUGCAAACAGUUUGAUGGUGAUGUGUAUCUCACAGCUAGAGAUGAAGAAAGGGGAAAGAAAGCUGUGGAGGAUUUAGAAGAAGAAGGUCUUCAUCCCAAAUUUCACCAGUUGGAUAUCACAAACCAAAAAAGUAUUGAUAAUUUACAGAAGUAUUUGAAAGAUAAAUAUGGAGGACUGGAUGUACUUGUCAACAAUGCAUCUAUAGCAUAUAAGGUAAAAGACGUUACCCCCUUUGCUGAACAAGCCAAGUAUACAAUAGCUUGUAACUUCACAGGAACAUUAGAUGUAUGUAAAGCGUUAUUACCACUGAUCAAACCACAUGGCAGAGUUGUUAAUGUUGCAAGUGGUUCUGGGACACGUGCUCUAGAUAAGAUGAGUUCUGAACGUGCUAGUAAAUUUAAGGCACUUGAUCUCACAGAAACUGAGCUAGUGUCUCUUCUUGAAGAUUUUGUGAAUGCUGCCAGCGAUGGAACUCACACUGAGAAAGGUUAUCCUAACUCUGCAUAUGGUACAUCUAAAGCUGGUGUAAUUGUUUUAACUGGAAUCCAAGCACGUGAUUUGAAAAAUGACCCACGAGAAGACAUCCUUAUUAAUGCAUGUUGUCCUGGCCAUGUGCAGACUGACAUGUCAAGCCACCAAGGAACAAAGACUCCCGAUGAAGGAGCAGAGACUCCUGUCUAUCUUGCUUUACUACCUCCAAAUGCUGGUCAGCCACAAGGAGAAAUGUUGUCAGACAAGAAGAUUGUAAAAUGGAGAUAAAUACUUAAUAUAUUCAUAUGAUAGCAACAUUCCCUUACGAUGCCAUUGGUGUAGCUGUGAUCAACUAAUUAUUUUCAAUUUAUAAAUCAUAUUGUAUCUUUAUGCUAGUAGUCGUUAAAUUAAUUAGUUAAAGUCUGAAUGCUAUUUACCUACACCAAACACAAUUUUUGGCAAAAUGAUAAACAUACAUUAAGUACUGUGUUGCAUAAUAUGAUAAGAUAAAAUCAG